GAGUAAUACAUCUCUAGAGAGAGUUCCUCCAAUCUUGUAAGUUUGGAUGAAGGCUUACUUAGCUCUCUAAAGCAACUUGAGCGCUAAGGCCGCACAUAUAGAGUUUAAUCUGUAACAAUUGGUAUCAGAGUUUGGUUAAGCUGAGUGUGUUAUGUGGUUGCAGCUUAGGCUGAACCUCCACAUCAUAAAGGUUCUACUUUAAUUUAGUAGUACCCUGGUUCGUGCUCACAUAGAGGAAUGAUCUAUGACCAGAUGUCGUAUGGAUCCAAAGUCCACAACGAUGAAUUGGGAAAGGAUCAAGUGAAGAAUCUCAACCCAAGCAAGGACAAGAGGAAUAUGUCGCAAUCAAGAGCUCGUGAUAUGGCAGCGGUGGAAUAGAGUCUUGCGAGGGCGAAACUAAAGAUAGAUGAGCCAAGGCUAUGCAGAAGUGGAGGCAUGUGUACAACAACUUGUGGGCAACAUGCAAGGCACGGGGCAAUGCAUGAAGGGGUUGGAAAUGGACUUAGAGGCACUUCGCAAUGAACUACUAGGCAUCCUGGACAACACCGUCGAAUCUUUGAGAGAGAUGAUCUGGGCCGAGCUUACUAGCUUGCAAGAAGAGGUUGGAGAGCUCAAGGGAUAGGUGAAUCUCACAAAGAGAGCCAUGGCUAACGGGCCUGUCAUGACACAACUUGUCGUAAGUGCGGAUGUUCCAAAACUAAGGAGCUUUGGAGGAUUGAGGAACGCAAGGAGGUCGGCGAACUUCCUAUGGAGCUUGGAGUAGUAGUACUUUGAGACAGUCAACAUUCGAGACAAGGCUAUGAAAGUACGUACCAGACCCCUCUAUUUGGUGGAAAAUGUUAUGCUAUGAUGGGGAAGAAGGCAAGGUGAUGCCAAUAGAGGGUUGUGCAUCAUGAAGUUGUGGACAUAAUUCAAGAGGGAAAUUACAAAGCAAUUUUACUCGAGAAUGCAAAGCUUCAGACAAGGUCGAUGUAGAGGUGCCUUGAUCACAACGGUGAAAUUCGUGGGUAUAUGAAAGAGUUUUCACAUUGCUUCUUGAGAUUCCCGAUGUUUUAGACAAAGAUGGCUUGCAACCAUGGGCAAGGUUGGAGCUAAAAGGACAAGGUAUGCAACAACUUGCCUCAAUAAUGGUGAUUUUCGAGUCCCAUGUCAGGUAUAAGAGGCCCUAGGAGAAAGAGACCUUCAUCGAUAAUGAUGAGGAAUAACUCCAAUGAGGAAAGAGGACACAACAGUGUGGUGACUCAAGCAAGGAAGGUAAGGGUAGAAUGAAAGAUAAACCAAUUUCUUACUGUCUUUGUGAAGGGCCACAUCGUGUAACAGAUUGCCCGAAGAGGAGUAAGUUAGCGACGAUACUCGUGGAAGAGAGCUCGGAAGAGGAGGCGGAGGAGGCUAGGGUGCCAAACUUUUAAGUUGUGCGGCCUAAGGUUUCUAGGAGCAAAGAAAGGGAAGGAAAGCCCUCCUCCUGCCGAGAAGAAAGUGUGAUGCUUUGUGGAGGCAUGCUCAAGAAGGGAAAGAUAAUGGCUUUGGUGGACACCCAGACCAAUAACAACUUCCUUCACGUGGACAAAGUACAGAGGCUUAGCAUCUCGUACGAGAAGAGUAGAGGGUUAUUGAAGUCUUUAAAUUUGAAAGUCACACCAACACAUGGAGUCGCUCGCAAGGUACAGAUAAACUUUGGCGGUUGGGUGGGAGAGGCAUACUUUUUUAAAGUGGCAAUGGACGAUUAUCAGGUCAUCAACAUCAUAGACUUUAUGGACAAGAAGAAGGCUUGUCUGAUUCCCUUUAAAAAUUUAAUGUUCAUCUUCAAAGGAGGGAAGGGUGCACGGUGCCACUAUUGAGAGAGGCACCCAUAUCUCUAAAAGCUUGUUCGACAAUGAAAGCCGCAACAACAAAAGUGAGGACCAAGAUGAAGUGGGUGAGACACUCGAAGUCUCGGCAGACAAAGAGUGCACCUAAAUCUUGGGGACAUGAUAUUUAUACCCUAACCAAGGCCAGCCUUGGCUCAAGCACAUCACCACCAUACCAACUAUGAUGUUAGUGCAAAGAGGGCGCGAUGACAAGGACGUCUUGAAUUAAGUCGGGGAGAAUGUCACACACGAGAUGCACAUGCCGGUGAUGUUCCACCCUAAACCAUUAUGAAGAGUGUGGAGCAAUCUAGAGACAUGAAAGAGCAUCGAAGGAUAUGGAGCCGUGUAGAUAUUUUCUUAGAAAAUUCUAGAAUGUAGAUAUUAUGUAGGGAAUUCUAUAUGGUUGACCCUAGCCUUAGGAUUAGAUUAAUCUUAGAUGUCCAUUUUAGAGGUGAGGCCAAUAUAAAGAGCACCUCCCCCUCAUUUGUACACAUCCAGAAAUAUUGAGAGCAAUACAUCUCUAGAGAGAGUUCCUCCAAUCCUGUGAGCUUGAGUAAGUUUGAGUGAAGGCUGACUUAGCUCUCUAAUGCGACUUGAGCGCUAUGGUCGCACAGAUUCAGUUUAGUAGUGACAUUACCGUAAGGAUGGUCUAAUUGUAAUUAACCUGAACAAAAUGGAUGGUUAAUUACAAUCAAAUACACGAACUUCUAACUAAAUCUCUCAAAUUGAUGUUGCGUGUAAACCAUAAACCAAUGAUGGGUAGUGCAACGACUUUAGUCAGCAAAUCUGCAGUUUACUUGACGAAUGUGAUAUACAAAAGUUCCACUUGACCCUCAAAUUCAAGCCAAUCAUCGAGUACUCAAGUCGACGAGGAAUAACAUAUCAUAUAUAAGAUGCUUUCAAUGCUGCAAACUAACCCCAUGGUCGCAUCCCAACAUUCACGACCUUUGGCUUGCUUGUAUGUUGUUGGUUCAUGAACAUGGUGAGCAGAAAAGGCAACAAUAUAAUUGUGAUGAGUGGGUGUUACCAUUUGUUGACCCAUGAAGAUCGACGAGGAAUGAGAGGAGCAGGAACCUAGAGGGGAAGAUGCUAAUCAUGCCUCAAAUUCGAGCUGACGGAGGAAAUCGACAAAUGCUAGUGGCUGGAAGGAGAAGACCCAGACACAAACAACAAGGAGCCAAUGAAGGUCGACAGAGAAUAACCAUUCGAUGGGGACGACAGGUCCAUAUACAAUGUUUCAGUAAUGAAAGCAGCAGGAAAAACAAUCAUGUGCUGAAACAGGUCGGCAUCUGGACGUUGCUCUUGAGUGAGGUAGUAUAAUAUGGGAGAUGUUGCAUAACACAUCACACAUGAUACAAAAAACAACGAUUAAUCACAUCGUAACAAACAUACCCUUAUGUUUGCCACUAUAACUAAUGAAAGCACACUUGAUAGCUUUAGGUGCAAGUUUAUGACGUUCACGACGAGGACGUACGAUAACAGACGCACCCAAACACAUGCAACCAAUCAUACUGUGGGAGCCAUAAAUAAAGAACCCGAUAAGUUUUUUUAAUCAAGAGCAGAGUCGGCUGACGAUUAAUCAAAUAAACUACCAUAUCAACGGCCUCAACCCAAAAACUCAUAUCACUCCAAACUGAAAGCGAAUAGUACGCAUAAGCUCUAAAACAUGAUGAUGUUUCUGCUCAACUAUUUAUAAGCAAAGUACAAACAUAUCCAAAACAAACAAGGAAAAGCAAAGACAGUCCAAAACGUAAAAGGAAUCAUAAAUAGCAAUAAUUAAAGAAAUGUGGGUUGGAAUUUAUGGCCCGGUUGGACCGGUGUGGUUGUUGUCGUCUUGUAGCUAGUAGGGGCAUAACCAGAUUUAUAAGUACGGUGGGUCCAAAAUUUUCAGAAAUGGUAUGAUAAAAUAAUUUUUUUGUA